AAGGUAAUAUUCAAACCAGUUAAGUGCUCGACUGUUUAUUUCUUAUCCUCUAUGGGAAUGAAGUUCGGUAUUGUCUUUUUUUCCACACACCUAAAAAAUGGAACCACACAAUUGUUUGAGGAAUACCAGAAAACAUAGAAGAUGGAACAAGCAAAAUAUUUGAUCCUUGUUUUCUUUUUGCUUCUAAACUUGGCUGUAGCUUUAGGAGUGUUGUUGAGUAAUAAUGAUGAUGAUAACUAUAGCAGAUAUGAUUUCCCAAAUGAGUUUGUUUUUGGGUCAGGCACAUCUGCUUAUCAGGUAGAAGGAGCUGCUAAUGAAGAUGGAAGAACUCCUAGCAUUUGGGAUACCUUUGCUCAUGCUGGGUUUGCGCACGGAGGAAACGGAGAUGUAGCAUGUGACGUGUACCACAAAUACAAGGAAGAUGUGCAGCUCAUGGUUGAAACAGGCCUUGAAGCCUUUCGAUUUUCCAUUUCUUGGUCGAGAUUGAUACCAAAUGGGAGAGGACCUGUCAACCCGAAGGGAUUGCAGUACUACAACAAUCUCAUCAAUGAACUCAUUAACAAUGGAAUCGAACCACAUGUCACUCUACACAACUAUGAUCUCCCACAAGCACUUGAGGAUGAAUAUGGAGGAUGGCUUAGUCGUGAUGUCAUAAAAGACUUCACAAACUACGCAGAUGUGUGUUUUAGAGAGUUCGGCGAUAGAGUCAAGUAUUGGACUACUGUGAACGAGCCCAAUAUCUUUGCCUUAGGUAGUUAUGAUCAAGGAAUCACCCCACCUCAGCGAUGUUCUCCUCCAUUUUGUAUUAUAGAGAGCACUAAGGGCAACUCAACAUUUGAACCAUACUUGGUAGUUCAUCAUAUUUUGUUAGCACAUUCUUCAGCUGUGAGAUUGUAUAGAAGAGAGUACACGGAGGAACAACAUGGAUUUGUUGGUAUAUCUGUCUAUACAUUUGGGAUAGUUCCUCAUACAAAUACAGAGAAAGACAAGGCAGCUUGUCAACGUUUCCGCGAUUUUUAUCUCGGUUGGAUUAUGGAACCCUUGAUUCGCGGAGAUUAUCCCAAAAUUAUGAAGGCAAAUGCAGGUGCAAGAAUUCCGGCAUUUACAAGUCGUGAAUCCGAACAAGUUAAGGGUUCCUACGACUUUAUUGGCAUAAUUCACUACACCAAAUUAAAUGUCACAGACAAUUCUGAUGCGCUGAAGACAAAACUGAGAGAUUUCUAUGCAGACACGGCUGCAAAGCUACUCGGUCAAGAGGGUAUACUUACAGAGGACGAGUACCCUGUCGCACCAUGGGCUUUACGAGAAGUGCUGGAUAUAUUCAAGAUUUUUUAUGGCAAUCCAACUAUAUUCAUUCAUGAAAAUGGCCAACGGACAGCAAGCAAUGCAUCGCUCAAUGACGUAUCAAGGGUGAAAUAUUUGCAUGCAUACAUCGGUAGUGUGCUUGAUUCCUUGAGAAAUGGAUCAAAUAUAAAGGGAUAUUUUGCGUGGUCUUUCAUUGAUUCAUUUGAGUUGCUGGAUGGAUAUAAAUCAAUCUAUGGGCUGUACUAUGUCGAUAGGAAUGAUCAAGAGUUGAGAAGAUAUCGAAAGCUCUCUGCAAAAUGGUACAGCCAAUUUUUAAAGGGUACAAGAUCCGCUCUAGUUGGUGCUAUUGAACUCAAGAACGAUCCAUUGCUUGUUUCUGUUGAACUCAAGAAUGAAUAAUUUGUAUGCUUUAGUGUGGUGCUACAUAGUGGUGUUUCUUUUUAAAGUGUUUCAGUUUCUUAAGUUAGUUGGUAGUUGGUUGGGUGGUUAAGAAAUCUGUUAGUAAGCAGUUACUCAUUAUUAGAAGCAAUGUGCCGUCUAUUUGGGCAAUGUAGUACUAGUACAAUUUUCCAACUCAAAACUUAAUCAAUCACAACUUGAGCAACACCUAAAAUUUAUGGCA